AUGGUGUGCGCAAUGCAGUAUGCCCUGCAAGGUGUCGCUUACGUCGUUGGCCGUCCACGGAUGUGGCUGGUCGUGUCGCUGAUGCCGAUGGUAGCAGCGCUCAUCGUCGGUAUAUGCAGCGUCGUAGUGCUUUGUACGGCGGGCUUGUUCCCGCAAGCCUAUCACUUCGAGCGACUGGGGAUGGCGCCGUGGUGGGCCACCUUCAGUUCGACGGCCGUGCUAGUGGGUGAAAUGUUUCUGGUGACGAUGAUCUACUCGUUGGUAUGCACUCCACGCAUAGCAGUCGUGGUGUUCAACAAGAUCCUUGAAGCUCGCGGCCACAGCUCGGUUGUGACCGAUGCGCCUUCCCGACGUCCAUCUUCAGGUCGACUCCUCUCCGGUCACGUUUGGUUUCGACUCGUAGUGCUAGUUGCGUCGAUGCCGCUGCAUUGCAUACCUGUUGCUGGCACGAUUGCAUUCGUGUGGCUGAAUGGCGGACGGCUGACUCGCUGGGACGUCCACCAAGUGUAUUAUGACCUCAAGGGCUACACGUACAAGGAGCGCAAGGCUGUGUAUGAAACACAUCGCGACACGUACAGGUCCAUCGGGGUGCACUCCAUGUACUUGCAGCUCAUCCCAGUGCUCGGGUUUGCGUUUACCUUUACGAAUAUCGUGGGAGCCGCCCUCUUUGCCGCGGAUUUGGAGGACGACUUGUGCAAAUCGUCGUCGCAGCCCACCUAUGGAUCGUACCAUUCCGUUAGCAAAGUCAAAAUGCUGUAUAUAUAAACAUGCAUAUAUCUCCUUUGACC